CGUAUUAUUAUACUGAGUUUUCUUUCCGUGCUCUGCCCUGUGGGGCCCACUACCAGCCUCACGUAGACCUCUUGGUCAACUAUAAAGAUAAAGAUAAGACGCGAGCAUCUCCAGUUCGCGGGACGGCAGGUCGGCACGCAGCGCACCCCACCACCACCACCCAGCACGUCUGUCUCGUCGCUAUAGCUACUCAUGCCGACGGUGAAUAUCGUCGAGGUCGGCCACGUGGUCGUGCCACCACCGGAGGACUUGGUAGUCAGGCUAUCCGCGCUGGACGCGCCGUGGGUCGCGAUCCCGCUAAUCCAGCGCGUGCUCCUCUUCGUCGAUGGCGCCGGUGUCCAGCAGCACCCGCCAUUCGAGUCGCUCGUGGGCUCCCUCCGUGCGUCCCUCGCGGCCACGCUCGCGCGGCUCCCCCCGCUCGCCGGGAGGGUCGUCUUCCUGCCGUCCACCGGCGACGCGGCCAUCGACUGCUCCGGCCCCGAGGGAGGCGGCGUGCGGUUCGUCGUCGCAGAGAGCGACGACGCGGACGCGCGGCGGCUCGCGGGGGAUGCGGACCACGAAGUGGACACGUUGGAGGCGCUCGUCCCGGAGCUCAAGGCGGAGGCGCUCCCCGCGGAGGUGCUGGCCGUGCAGGUCACGCGGCUCAAGGGCGGGGUGGCGCUCGGCGUGGCACUGCACCAUGCCGUGGUCGACGGCCGGUCAGUGUGGAUGUUCCUGCAGGCGUGGGCCGCGGCCUGCCGCGGCGACGCUACUGCCGUGGCUGACAUGACGUUCGACCGCGCGGUGGUGGCCCUCCCCGGCGUCGGCGAGGAGCUCGCGAGGAGCACGCUGCGCAAGUACGCGCCCAAUCUGCCGCUGGAUGCCAACAUGUCCCUAGCACCCCAAUUAAACUCCCUCGUCAGACAUUCACCGUCACCGCGAAGCAAAUCCACCACCUGAAGCAAUGCAUGUCUGGCCAGACGACCUCCGGGAAGGCCGCCACAACGUCCAUGUCAUCCAGCUUCGUGGCCAUCGCGGCGGUCGCCUGGGUAUCCUUCGUCCGGUCCAAGCACCCGUCCGCCAUCUCCACCAACCAUAACGUCUAUCUCUUCUUCUUCAUCGACUGUCGCGGGCGGCCUGGCAUUGACCCGCCCGUGAGUGAGAACUACUUCGGGACAUGCAUCACCGGGUGCCUCGUAAGGGCCAUGGCACAGGACCUCCUCGCUGUUGACGGUGUCGCAGCCGCCUCG